CUAUUAGAAAUUAUUCAACUAAGAAUAUUUUUUAUCAAAUUUCGAUAUAUUUCUUUGUAAACAGAUCCAAAAAUGUCAAUAUUUGGAAAUUCUAAAAACAAAAGCAAAUAACUUUCUAUCUUUAAAGAUGAUAAGUAAAAUUUUCUUUCUCAGUAGAUUUCCAAUCCAAUAUUAGGAGAUAAUUAAGAAACUGCUGACAAAACAAGUUCUCAAAAUCCAGUUUUUCUAUUAGGACAGAUUCAAUCAUUAAAUAGUCCUUAAAACAAAAUUUAGCCAUAAGGGAUGUCAAAAGAUGAACUGAAAACAAAUGUUAUAUCAAAUUGGCCUUAUUUAAAAUUACAUAAAUAAACAAACUAAUGGUUGGUAGAAAGAUAAAAUAGAAAAACAUGGGAAGUGUUAAAUAAUUAUUAUGAGAAAAGAAAAUAAGACAUGAGCAUAACGGACAGAAUAUUAUUUAAUAGAAGGGUUUUAAAUUGUGCUAAUAGAUUACUUAAAGAAUUGAUAUUAGAAAGUGAGCAAGAAAACGAAGAAAAGCUAAAUAACUAUCUAGAUAGAGGAAUUAGAGCUGUUUUUGAGCUUUACAGAUUUCUGAAUAUUUAUAUUACUAGAAUUUUACCUUUAUACAAUUAAAAUGACAAAAAUUCUUAGUCUACAGCUCCAAAUAUAUUAGAUUAAGAUUAAAGUUUUCUUACUUCAGAAGAUGAAUAUUUAACAGAAGGUAUAGAGAGAUCAAAACCAAAAACUGUUAAUGAUGUCAAUACUAUGUACACCCUAUAAAAUUUUAAUGAUCUAAAACUAAAAUAUCGAAAAGGACAUGAAAUCAUAACCAGGCAAAAGAUAGAAAAAAUGUUAAGUCUGAAAAAUAUUGAGUUAAAUCUUCAUUUGGAGCUCGAUUAGUUUUUUAUAAAUGUGAUAUCUCUUUUUAAUUGGGGAGCUUUUAUGCUUAAGAAACAAUCUAAGCAUAGAAUAGCCUAUUGGUUUUUAAAAGAAGCAGAAAGGAUAAGUGAUUAGGUUUUAUAGAGUAAUAAUGAGGAGCUUUUAAAUGUUAUAGCUCGAGUUCAUAUUUCGUUAGCUAAUAUUUAUUUCGAAGCAGAUCGAACUCCUUUGGCAAUUGAAAAAAUUGAAAAAGCAAUACUCGUUUUACAGUGUGAGUUGCGUUUAAGAUAAACAAAAUGGGAAUUUCAUAAAUCUAAAGAUGCAGAUGAUGCAAUUAGCAAAUGUGUAAAAACUAUGAUAACAGGCAUGAUUAAUUUAGCAACAUAUUAGGAAGAACUCUAACUUUAUGAAGAAGCAUAUUUUAGUAUUUAAACUGCAGAUUGGUUCUGUACAAAAUAUGUAAAAGGAUUGGAUGAGGUCAGAAAAUAUUGCUCAAAAAUAUAAAGUGAGUUUGAAAAAAGGUAUUCAGAUUAUCUUCAGUAGAAAGGAGAUUUAGAGGUAGUUGCUAAACAUGUAUUUUGGGUUGAAUUAUUAAACCUUUAUAAAAAUUGGGAUGAAGAAUAAAAGAAUCUACCAUCAACAAUAAAUAAGUACAUAAACCAAUAGCUUUAUAAUAUUUUUAGGGUGAGAGAUUUGAACAAGAUGUAGUUUAUUAAGCAUAAAUAUAACUAGAAGAUUUCACUUAAGGAUUUAGAGAAGCAGUAAUAGGAUGAAAAGAAAAAAAAGAAAGAAAUUUACAACAAAUAUUUAGAAGAAAUGUAAGAAAAAAAGAAUUAGAUAAAUAAUAAUCCUAAUAGCCUAUCUGAUUAACAGUAGUUGGAAGUAGAAAUCAAAAAUGCUUCGUAGGUAUCUUAAGAGUAAGCAAGCUAACUGGAUGAGUAGAUGAAAUCUAGAUUGUAAGAUAAAAGCAAUCCUGGGAUUUAAGAAAAGAGUAUCUCUAAUAAAGACAUAUCUCUACAUACUAAUACUUAAAAAAAGAAUAGUGAUUAGAUAGGUAUGUCUGAAUCUAGCAAGUAGAACUCUUUCUAAUCAGAUUAGAUAGAUGAAAUUUAAGGUGAAAAAGUCAAUUCUAAAGAUGACGGUCACUCUAAAAACAGCUAGAGUGAUAAUACUUAAAUAGACUUAGAUGAUUCAGCAAGUAGCGAUGACUUCUUUGGAGAUAUUUUUGAAGGAUUUAUGUCAGAUGAUGACGACGAUUCAGGUAAAAAAAAGAGUGAUGAGGAUGACAUCUCAGACAGCAGCUUAGCAGAGGCUAAUUAGUAAUUCAAGUAGGUUUAAAAGAAAAAAUAUGUGAAAAAGAAAAAAGAAUAUGGACCUAACUACAAUCCAAAAUUACUCACAACAAAUAUGUUCUUCUAACCUUUAGAAAAUAUGAAAGUCAACCGUGAUUUACACCAUAAUCAAACAAAACUUAAACAUAAAAACAAAUAAGCAAAAGAUGAACUUAAAAAGUAGAAAUAUUAAAGUACUGGAUUCAAGUCUCCUAAUGAUUUCAAAUAAGAGUUAGAAUAUAAUUUCUUCUAACCAAUAAAAGAGGCUAUUUAAGAAGGAUACACAAAAAAAGAAAUUAUUUAAUAGUUUAUUCGCCCUCAAACAGCAUACGAAUAUGACUUCUAGGGCAUGGAUCUCCAUAUAGAGAAUAAGCUCUAAGAAGAUCUUGGCUAAGAUGGCUAUGAAAGCAAACCCUUUUAAUGGGCAAAGGAAGAUUUUUAUAAUGAAGAGGAGAUAGAAGGAAAAUAUAGGAGAGAACAAAGGUAUACUAGGAGAAUAUUGAACAUUAAGAGAAUAUCUGAACUGAAGAACAAAUGCAGACCAAUCAAUUAUAGUAACUUUCCUAAUAAAAUUACUUUUGACAGGAUGAUAAAAGAUGAAGCCUUUGUUGUGGAAGCUAAAGUUGGAUUCUCAACAGAUAUUUAGUAGAAGAAGAAAAAGGUAGAAAUGAUUAUAUAAAGCGAAAUUAAGCAUCAAGGAAAAAAGAAUCUAAGGGAUUUAAUCUUCAAAAACAGAGAUAACUACUUAUUUUAGGAUGCUAAUUACUUAAAGCAUGUUUAUUAUGAAUAUACUUAAAAAAAGAAGCAAUAAGAUAAAUUUAAACACUAAUAAAACGAAAGAGAUAUUGAAAAGUAAACUCGUUAGAGCCAAGCUAAAAAUACAGGAGGCUAAGUAAAUAAAAGUGAUAUAGGCUAAAUAGUGGAGAAAAAUGGUGAAUAUUUUGAUGACUCGAGAGAGUUUGCUAGAUAAUCUAAAGCACAAAUUGAGGAGCAUGAAAAAUCUCCUAUAAGUACAAAGAACUAUAAUUCUUCUUUAACACAAAUAAACAACCACUUUAAUAAUACACUAACUUCAAUCCCAUCAGAAAUAGGAUUCGUUUAGAAUAAAAAUUAAGUAUAGUCUAAAAAAGAAAUAAAUUAUUAGAAUGAACCAAAAAGUGUUAAGAACUAAAGACUUAAAUGGAAUAUUUAGGAAGAGCCUGUUUCUAGCUCACAAAUAGUCAGCACUACUAAUAUACCAAAUUAUACACCAGGAAAGAAUUUAAGAUUUUUAGAUAAAUAAACACCUAAAUCCUAAAAAAGAGAUAAAUUACAAUUUCACUCCGAAAAGAAUUCUCCAAACAGGGCUUAGGGGAAAAGAAAAUAUUUAGACACAUCUGACAAUGUAAUAAAAUUGGCUGGCUAAAAAUCGAAAAUAUUGUCAAAAGCUCAACAAAUUCAAAAGAGGUACGAACAUGAUUAAGAAGAUUUUAUAAAAUUUGAUAAUUCAUAAAAAGCAAGUUACAAGGAUAGGCUUAAUCAAAUGUCUCAAAAAUCAAGCAAGUCUCUCAAGAUUGUAGUAGAAGAAGUUACUUAAAGCUUAUAAAAAGAUAAAAAGCAAUUAUAAUAAACUAAAUUCAAACUUGGUGUGUCUAAAAACAUGGCUGUUGAUGAUAACUUUGGCUAAAGGUUAAUACAGCACUAAGAAUAAUUACUAACUAAAUCUAUACAAGGAAUUUCAAGAAAAGUUAUGAAGGAUUAUAUGAGUUUUACAGAAGUAGUUCGUCUUGCAAGACUCAAGAAAAAGAUGGAAAUUAUGCAAAACAAAUAGCAGCAACAAGGAUCUCUUACUAAAUUUUGA